AUGCCAAAUAACAAACAAGGCGACAAGGAACCUUGGAAAACAUGGAACGAUAUCACAGCAAAGUUUCGUGAUUAUGUAGGAUCAGAAGAGGAGCUGAGCAACUGGGCAGAUUCAGUCGUCCAAAGUAUAUGGCGUCCAGUAGCAGUGGGCAUCGUGAUAGGCAUACCUGCUGUCUGGGCAGUAUCUCGAUUCGUAGUCGGUAAGAGAUACAAGACAGCUGGCCAUAUACCACCCGAAGUAUUCGAGAAAGCGACCAAGAUACGAGGAAAGGUAGUGGCAGUUGGAGACAGCGAUAACUUUCGUCUUUACCAUACACCAGGGUUGGGUUGGGGAUGGGUCAGAAAUAUACCAAAGACCCGAAAGGAAUUGCAAAAUCAAACCAUCUCAAUACGUAUAGCUGGUGUGGAUGCACCUGAAGGAGCUCAUUUCGGCAUGCCAGCCCAACCGCUCAGUGCCGAGGCAAAGCAAUAUUUGACGAAAUUAGUGCUGAAUAAAAGGGUACAAGUGCAAUUGCUCAGUAGAGAUCAAUACGCUCGUGUGGUGGCCAUGGCUUAUGUUAGAAAGCCGCCGUUCUUUCUCAAGAAAAAUGUAUCUGCAGAAAUGUUGAAGGCUGGAUUAGCAAGCAUUUAUGUAGCCAAGGGGGCACAAUACGCAGGCAUGUUGGAUCAGCUAAAGAAAUACGAAUCCAGAGCGAAAUUCUUCAAAAGAGGUAUUUGGUCACUGAAAAAGUAUGUUUCUCCUGGAGAUCACAAAGCAAAGCAUCUUGGUGGUGGCAAAUAG